AUGUCUACCUCUACUUCUCCCCCACAACAGCUCAAGGAUGAGAUCAAGGCUGUUGAGGCCAAGGCCGUGAACCAGACUAUUGUGCAGCUGCGGUCGCUCGCUGCCGGCGCUGCAGGUGGUCUCUGCGCUGUGGUUGUCGGUCACCCCUUUGACUUGGUCAAGGUGCGACUCCAGACUGCGGAGAAGGGUGUCUAUUCCGGUGCGAUGGACGUUGUGCGCAGGACAAUUGCCCGUGAGGGACUGGCUCGGGGUCUUUAUGCGGGUGUAUCUGCCCCGCUUGUGGGUGUCACUCCAAUGUUCGCCGUGAGCUUCUGGGGUUACGAUGUGGGCAAGACCCUUGUGGAGAAGUACAGCACUGUCCCAGUCAAGAACAACACCCCCCAGUUCUCCAUCGCCCAGAUCUCCGCCGCCGGUUUCUUCUCCGCCAUCCCCAUGACCCUGAUCACAGCACCCUUCGAGCGAGUCAAGGUCCUCCUCCAAAUCCAAGGCCAGAACCCUCCCCCACCCGGCGAGAAGCCCAAGUACUCCGGCGGCAUGGAUGUCGUGCGCCAGCUGUACAAGGAGGGCGGUGUCCGCAGCGUGUUCCGUGGUAGCGCAAUGACCUUGGCCCGUGAUGGACCUGGUUCGGCCGCUUACUUCGCCGCGUACGAGUACAUCAAGCGGUCCUUGACCCCCAAGGAUGCUGACGGCAAUGUCACCGGUGACCUCUCGCUCUCGGCUGUGGUGUGUGCCGGUGGUGCUGCCGGUAUUGCCAUGUGGAUCCCCGUUUUCCCCGUCGACACUAUCAAGUCCCGGCUGCAGAGCGCACCGGGUAAGCCAACCAUCAGUGGAACUAUCCGUGCCGUGUACGGUAACGGUGGUUUCAAGGCUUUCUUCCCUGGCUUCGGACCGGCACUGGCUCGUGCUGUGCCGGCCAACGCGGCUACUUUCCUCGGUGUUGAGCUUGCCCACAAGUUCAUGAAGAAGAUGUUUGACUAA